AAAACAAAAAAAGCAGAGGGGGGGGGGUUUCUUUUUUUUUUGAGCAGCAACAAGUUCCUCAAAAGAACUUGACAGGCACACAGACACAGGGGCGCUAUUUUAAUGUGAUAUUAUAAUGCAGAAAAAAAAGCGACUUAUGUGUUAUGGAAAAAAACAUCUUUAAAUGACCAGUUUAUGCGUAAUAGGCCUAUAUGGCACUUCUCCAAAAGAGGGAGUUAACAGUCUAUAACACAAAAACACGUGAAUAUGGAAGAAGUUUUGAUGUAUUGGAUGCAGAUUGGUAAAGAUUUGAGUCAGUGAACGAGCGAUCAGUGUCAGGAGGAAGCUGAUGGUGUGUCCCCAUAAACUUGGAUUUGCCAGUCGCUUAUUUCAAUCACGUAAGACCCCUAAUGGCGUUGACCGGGCGAGGGUGUUACGUAUAUAUCUCUACAAGCUUUUUUUCUGACAAACCGGGAUGCUUGUUGAUAUUUGUCUUUAUUAUACUGUAGAGCCACCAAGGUGUUGCCUAUAAGAGAGUUUGUUUUUAAAGCACGCCCGACAUUGCAAAGGGUUAUUAGAUUCAUAAGUCAGCGAAGUGGUGGGCGAUAUCUACUGAGCACAGCAGAAGUUCUCCUAUGAUGACUUCAAACAAGACACAUUACCUACCAGCAUCUGUUGGAGUGAGUGGAUAUUAAACACACUUCUAUCUCCAGGACAGCGUGUAGGGGAAAAAAAUAAUGCACGUUGGACAGAGGCACCGGAGUCGUGCAUGGACUAAACCGACGAGUGGACGCCAACUCUCUUUCUCUCUCUCUUUCCAAACAGACCCCCCUUUUGCCAAACCUGGGAUUGUUUUUUCAACUUUUUGGUAAGCUUUAUUCUGAGGAAAGCCUGUGGUCUGAAAGAGAGGAUAUAAAGAGAGGAGGAGGAAAAAAAAACAGAAUAAAAAAAGGAGAAAAAGAAAGAAAGAAAAGAGCUUGCCAUUUAAAAAAGAGAAGCUAUAAGAUUUUUUUUUCUAGAGUAUAUUUGUGAAAGUUGAAAUGUUAGGCUCGUCUGGUCUUGUGCACACCACAUUGUCGGUAAGCCCCCCCACACUGCGUUAAACUUUGGGACAUGCAAGUCUUGGUCGCGGAGAUCUAACCACGCACAUAGUGGUUGUCAGCCCUUGUAAAGUUCCACCAGGUUAGAAGAGUGAUGACCAUCCUGUUCCUUACUAUGGUUAUUUCAUACUUCAGUUGCAUGAGAGCUGCGCCCCUGAGAGACGCCCCGGGCAUGCGGGGCCACCGGACGGAAGGCUACUUGGGCGCCGCUGCGACGGCCGCACGAGGCCACGGGACUCCACAGAGUGGUGGCGGGCCAGGCCAGCGCGGGGAGCUGCCCUCGCUCACAGACACGUUUGAGCAGGUGAUAGAGGAGCUGCUGGAGGUGGAGGGGGAGGCGGCGCAGCUGGGACAGGGGGCUGAUAAGAGCCAGGGAGGUGGGGGCCCGUCCUCCGUGAUCACCACGGAGACCAAGGAUGUCGACCUGUACGACUCGCGGGUGAUGAUCAGCAACCAAGUGCCUUUGGAGCCGCCGUUGCUCUUUCUUCUGGAGGAAUACAAAAACUAUCUGGAUGCCGCUAACAUGUCCAUGAGGGUGCGGCGACACUCCGAUCCCUCGCGGCGCGGAGAGCUCAGCGUGUGUGACAGUAUUAGCCAGUGGGUGACAGCUGUGGAUAAAAAGACGGCAAUAGACAUGUCUGGGCAGACAGUUACCGUCAUGGAAAAGGUCCCUGUCCCCAAUGGCCAACUGAAGCAAUACUUUUAUGAGACCAAAUGCAACCCCAUGGGGUACACAAAGGAGGGCUGCAGAGGAAUAGACAAGCGGCAUUAUAAUUCCCAAUGCAGGACAACCCAGUCCUACGUGCGAGCGCUUACCAUGGAUAGCAAAAAGAAGAUCGGCUGGCGGUUUAUAAGGAUAGACACUUCAUGUGUAUGCACAUUGACCAUUAAAAGAGGGAGAUAGUGUAUAAAAUGUAUAGAUUUUAUUGAAGAGUUUAAAAAAGAGAAUAAAGAGAAAAUAUCUAUUUGUAUAUAUACAUAACAGGGUAAAUUAUUCCGUCAAAUGAAAAAUUUUAUGGACUGCAUGUAAAAAAAGAUGAAGUUUAUACAGUAAAAGUGAUACUACAGUCUAUUUAUUGAACAUAUUCAUGACCUUGUAAACAAUUAAAAAAAAUCUGAUCAGUCA